UAUUGCUACUGCUGUCACGUUGUCCGAUUAUAUUGUGAAGGAGACCGCACAUUCCUUGUAGCUUUGUUUGCCAGUGGAGGUAAAUCGUCGAAAAUGGCAAACGUCGACCUCACUAAACUCGGAAAGAACUUGUUAAAGAGCGGUGCAACUGGAGAGAGUGUAGAGCUCCAGUCCCUGUGGCAGGACCAGCCGGUGGUCUUGUUCUUCCUGCGCAGGUUCGGCUGUCAGGUGUGUCGCUGGAUGGCAACAGAGAUCAGCAAGCUCGAGCCAGACCUGAGAGCCAGCGGCGUGGCCCUGGUGGGGGUCGGACCAGAGGAGUUUGGGCUGAAGGAGUUCAUGGAAGGAGGGUUUUUCAAAGGAUCCAUUUAUGUUGAUGAAGACAAGAAAAGCUACAAGGAUUUGGGCUUCAAAAGAUACACAGCCUUGAGUUUGGUACCUGCUGCUUUGGGGAAGAAAGUACGAGAUGUCGCUUCAAAGGCCAACGCUGACGGCAUCAAGGGAAACUUCUCAGGAGAUCUGCUCCAGAGCGGAGGCAUGCUCAUUGUGGACAAAGGUGGAGAAAAGGUCCUCGUGCACUUCAUCCAGGAUUCACCAGGAGACCACGUGCCUCUGGAGGAUGUUUCCAAGGCUUUGGGUAUCUCAUCCAAAGCAAAAGCAGGACAGAUUCCAGUGUGCAAUGAUGACGUUUGUACACGGUGACGACAACUGCACAUCAUACCACAUGAAUAUCUACACAUCUGGCAGCUAAAUUUGAAGUGCCAGGGAAAAUGCAACUGUGAUUUUAAAACUACUGCCAAUAUUCAUAAUUGCUUGUAAUUUAUUUGUGACUGCCUUGUAUGGAAUUGUAUUAUCUACAGUGAAAGCUGUAUUCCUCAUCAUUAAUGUUUAAUUGUAUGUGAUUUUUUGUAAGUGAAUUAAUAUUGUAUUUUUAUGAAUUUGCAGUGUAUUGCAAUCACUUUAUAAAAUUAAUGAUUUAUAAUAUAUAUCAAUUAUAAUAUAAGUUAAAACACUU